AUGACCCAAUACCCGGAGGCGCUGUUAUUCACUUAUACCGAUGCCUACGCAGCAACACGCCCCCCUUCGCUUGUUGAGCUUAACAAAACUCGAGUGCCAUAUCUAGAGGGCGUACUGGAGGAGGCCCUCCGGUUACACGCGACCAGUGUAGCGCGGCAAGCCGUCUGGGACACUGAAGUUUUUGCACCAUCGCUUUCCGUCGACGAGAAACUGCGUAACAAGCAUACUAAGGCCAACGACCGGGAUGAAAGUCGCAACCUGAGCGCCUUCCACCCUGAGCGUUAG